AGUGCAACAACCAACGUUCGAGAUCAACGAAAGCUACCUGAAACAUGUUACAUGGUCUUGUCGCGUACGAUGAGGAGUCCGAGGAAGAACAAAGCGCUGCCAGUACAACUAAGCUUCAUAAUCCCGCGAAUGAUGCCCCGUCGGACGGUAUAGCUAAUGCGUACACAGAAACACCUCAGCGUCCACCGCCACCUUCGAGAUCUCAGCCGCUCAUCCGUCGUCCGGCACACGCAAAGCCACGUCCGCGUCCGCGCACACACUCCGACGCCAUCGAAACAGAAUCACCGGAAACGUUCACUGAGGACGUUAGUAGCGUGGCCAUCCAAGAGUCGUCCCCCUCGGAAGGCGUGCGCGACGAUACAGAGCCCGAAGACGAGCUGUUGCGUAUUCGAACAGUGCUGCGACCUCCUCCGAUUCCUGGCGAGGAGAGCUGGGGCAUCCCGCCUGCGCCCACGGAAGCAUGCGAUCCAGCGCUUGAGGCGAAGCUUGCGGAGUUCCUGGCCAUGAAGAGAGACUCGGUCAACCCAACGCACUUCAACGAUUCACUCAUGUCGAAUCGUUCGUUCCGUAACCCUCACUUAUACACGAAGCUGGUCGAGUUCGUCGACGUCGAUGAGCGUGCGACCAAUUUUCCGCAGCACAUAUGGGACCCGACGGACAUGAGGGAGGAGUGGUUCGCAAGCCAUAUCGCUGCCGACCAAAAGGCCCGCUCAGAGCAAGCAUCUGCACAGAGCAGCAAGCGUUCGCAUAUAGAAUUCACAUCGACAUCUUCGUACGCUCAAGCACGUCAGAACGGCUCCGCCCAGCACUCGCAAGGACGGUUCAGUAUGCAUGGCCGGGGUGGAGUGUUAGGUGGUGGGUACGGUCGAGGACGAGGAAGAAGUCGAUGGGGUUGAUAGUUCUGAUGCGUCCCUUGUUCUGCUGCACGUGUACGAGUGUUCUGCUGUGCUAUGAAUGUUGCCCUGCGACCUAUGCUAUGAACCUCGGAAGUCUAGAAUAUAUGUGUGAUGGACUGCCC